AUGCAUCUCCUAGGCCCCUUGUUUCUGCUCCUCGAAUACUUAGCUUCUUCUAACUCACACCAAUGGAAAUUUGAGCACCCGGCCAUCCUCUAUGCCUGGGAGGGAGCCUGUGUCUGGAUUCCCUGCCACCGUGUAAUCCCAGGAAUUGUCCUAGAAAACCUGACUGUGUACCAGAAUUAUGUAUAUGACGAUAAGACCAAGAAUUACAAUGGGACAAUCCUCUAUGAGAAGACAAAGUCACAGGUGCAUGACUCUCAGGGAAGAGUGAAAUUCCUGGGAGAUAAGAAAUCCAACUGCACCCUUCACAUCGACCCUGUAAAAGCCCAAGACAGCGGUCAGCUGGGGCUGCUGAUGACAGCGAAGAAUGAAAGAUGGAUGGAGAAUAUAGUCCUCAACGUCUCCAAAACGGCUCCUCCACCUCGCAUUGAGGUCCCUCCAGAAAUGUGGGAGUCACAGGAAGUCACUCUGACUUGCUUGCUGAAUUUUGCCUGCUUUGCACACCAGAUCAAAUUGCUGUGGUCCCUGCAAGGGUCACUUCAACUUUCCUCUGUCCUCUCGACUUCCCUGACCACCCAGGCUAUCUUCACCCAGAGCAAGCUCACCUUCCAGCCGCUAUGGACUCACCAUGGCAAGAAUCUGACCUGCCAGGUCUGGAAUGACACAGCAGACAGUCUGCUCUCUCAGGAAACGGUGUGGCUAGAUGUGAAGCACAAACCAAAGUUGGAUGUCAUUCCCAAAGAAAUCACUGUAACAGAGGGUGAUCCUGUGACCAUGACGUGCCAGGUCAUCAGCAGCAAUCCAGAGUACCAGACUCUUUCCUGGUUCAAGGAUGGAAUCCUCAUGAGAGAGCAGGAGACACUGCAAAGGGAGCAGAAGACUCUCAAGCUAACUCUGCCUAAAGUGACCAAACAGAUGAGUGGAAAGUAUCAUUGUGAGGCCAACAAUGAUUUGGGCUCAUCAGCAUCAGAAGCGGUCCUCCAAGUGCUCUAUGCUCCAGAACCUUCCAGGGUUCAGAUCUUCUCCUCGCCAGCUAAGGAGGAAAGUACAGUAAAUCUGACUUGUAUAUCACAGGCCAAUCCUCCUCCAACCAAUUAUACCUGGUAUCACAAUAACAUUGAAGUACGGAGAGGAACAGAUAAGACCUUUCAGAUCUUACAGGUCCUCCACAAGCAUGCUGGGAGUUAUUUCUGUUUGGCAGAAAACAGUCUUGGUCUUGGAGGAGUUGACCAGGAAGCUGAAUUGGAUGUCCAAUAUUCCCCCAAGGAGGUAACCAUGGUGAUUCAAAACCCUACACCAAUUCGAGAAGGAGACAAUGUGACCCUGUCCUGUAACUAUGCUUCCAGUAACCCCAGCGUUACCAGAUAUAAAUGGAUACCCCUCGGCUCCUGGAAAGAGCUAGUACCUGGGGUGCUAAUGAUUCAAAAAGUUGCCUGGAAUGCCGAACCAUUCGCCUGCGCAGCCUGUAACCAGUGGUGUUCGUGGGCUCGCCCUGUCAACCUGCAGGUCCAAUAUGCCCCCAGAGAUGUCAAGGUCCUGCUGAUUAGCCCCCAUUCUGAGAUUCACUCCGGACACGCAGUCCUCCUCCGGUGUAACUUCUCAAGCAGCCGUCCCACAGAUGUCCACUUCUUCUGGAAGAAGAAUGGGAUCUUUCUGAGGGAGGGAAGAGAACUGAGCUUUGGCUCCAUCUCCCCAGAAGAUGCUGGAAGUUACAGCUGUGUGGCCAGUAACUCCAUAGGACAGAGCACAUCCAAGGCCUUGGUGCUCCCAGUGCUGUAUGCACCUAGGAGGCUAUGGGUGUCCAUCAGCCCCAAAGACAGCGUGAUGGAGGGGAAGAAGGCAGUCCUGACUUGUGAGAGUGAUGCCAACCCUCCCAUCUACCAAUAUACCUGGUUUGACUGGAAUAACCAGAACCUCCACCAUAAUCAUCGGAUGCUGAGACUGGAUCCUGUGAAGGUCCAGCACUCAGGCGCCUAUUGGUGCCAGGGGUUCAACAAACUGGGUGUGGACCGGUCGCCCCCCAGUACCCUCACUGUCUAUUACAGCCUGCAGACCAUCAGCCGGCGAGUGGCCGUGGGACUGGGGCUGUGCCUGAUCAUCCUCUUCCUGGCAUUCUUGGGAGUCAAGUUUCAGCGAAGCUGGAAGAGGAUUCAGAGCCAGCAAGGGCCUCAGGAAAAUUCCAGUGGGCAGAGCUUCUUUGUGAGGAAUAACAAGAUUAGAAGAGCCCCCCUCCCUGAAGGCCUCCAGUCCCUGGGCUGCUACAAUCCGGUGAUGGAAGAUUCUAUCAGCUAUGCGAUGCUGCGCUUUCCUGCUGGCGAGACUGACACACCCAGGAUUGGGGAUGCAGGGACCCCAGAGGUGCACAGACCUUCCCUAAACAGGGACAACACGGUCACUUACUCUGUGGUGCAGAAGCGGCAAGUGGGCGACUAUGAGAACGUGAUUCCAGAUGCUCCAGAAGACGAUGGGAUACAUUACUCGGAGCUGGUUCAUCUUGGGGUUGGGGAGCGGCCUCUGAGACAGGAAGGAGUGGAGUACGUGACUCUAAAGCACUAA